CUGUUUGAGGACUAUCACAUAUAUAAAAGAUCUGAAUUAAAGGGAUGGUCAAACAAGACUGACAUAUCRACUGAAAUUGACAGAAAGCUGGAUUUGGAAUCAAAGAUAGAAUGGUUUAUGCAACAGAAAGUAAAGGAAUAUCAACUUUUUUCACCAAGUUUUAAUGAUCCAAUGUUUAAGGAGCAGUGGUACAUUGAUAGGCCGAGUAAUCCGACAUUUGGCGUAACUUCAGUAUGGCCAGCGUACACAGGGAAGGGAAUUGUUGUCGCAGUAGUCGAUGAUGGAGUUSAURAAAAUCAUCCUGAAUUAUUAAGAAACUACAAUGCCUCAGCAAGUUACGAUUUUAUGGAAAAUGACACAAUACCAGCUCCUAGUGGUAAACAAGUGUCGGG